UUACCUAUUUUUGAGCGUUUGACAGAUGCGAAAGAUUAAAUUUAAGGUUGAAAGAUAAAUGACGGAUUACAAUGUUUAAUUAAUCAAUAAAAAUAUAGUUUAACUUUUUUAAAUAAUCUAUGUGAUGGUGAUGAACGAACAUUCAAAUAUAAUCUGACAAAUGUCUAACCCUAAUCUAAGGAUAGGGGGGGGACAGGAAAAAUUGACGUCAUCAUGUCAGAUGUCAGUUGACGUAAAAGUGAACUGUGUACGCUUCCCGUUUACGUGAACGUCACUCCGUAGAAAAAUGAGAUAUUUGCAUUUUAGAUAUUCCUGCAAUCGGUGUUGAAGGACAUUUGAUGACUUGUUUUCGCGAUGUUAAUGUACGCAUCAAGCUAGCAACUGAAGUAGAAUGAACUCUCACAAGAGCUCGAUGAGUUUACGUUAUUUGCGACGUUCGUAGCGACGAGAUUCGCCAAUUUGAUCCUCGUCCAGCAAACAUGAAUAAGGGCCACGCGAAGAGACUGAACCAGCUGCCGAGUUGGCUAUGGACCAAUUCGACCACCUUGCCGCCGGUUUACAAGAUGGUAUGGGAGGCAGUACGGGAUGAUCGAGUCAGGUCGAACGGCAUGCAGACUGAGCUGCUCGUCGACACAAAUAAGGUAUUUCCGCUGCUGCUCACCAGCCAGUUGCCCACGGAGGUACUCGGUCACAUAUGGAGUUUAGCUAACCAGAAGUACGCAGGACAGCUGACCGAACAAGAAUUGUACGUCGUCCUGGCCCUCGUCGCUGCUGCACAGACUUCUUACACCUUCAAUAGUCUGGAUAUAUUGCAUUUACUUCCCUUCCCGCCAACGCCGUACUUAAACAUAGAUUGUUUGAUGAAUCUGCAACCUACUGCGCAAACAAAUAUGCAGAAAUUUCACUAUGGUAACGAGGAGUUUAAUGUCAAUAAUAUAACUGUAGAGGGAAAAUAUAUCCCUGAUGUUAAAGGAAAAGUUAAAGUUAGAUCUCACAUGAACACAAUGCCUGAUGCGAAUUUACCCUUCUCGAACAAUACGUCUGGAAAAUUAUUAUGUUCCGAUAGCAAGACUCUAAUAUCUGGCGCAACCGCAAAUAGUUUCAAUAAUAUGUUAAAAGAAAUAAAACAAACUCCACGUGUUCAAACCGAUGUUCCACCUGCAUCGUCCUUCGAUGAGUCCUGCGAUGACUUUACCGAAUUUCAGAGCGCACCGAUUUCUAACGUCUCCACUGCAUCGAUCUGGGAUAGUAAACAAGGUUCUGCAAUCGGCAGCAGACUUGCUAAUCAUAAUCUAGGAGUAAAGAAAACAGUCGACAAAGUCAAGAAAGCCACCACUGGAACAAAAACUGUACAUAUUAAUACUCAGAUUCGUACGUCUGCACCUGCAAGUUUACCAUAUCAAAGUAAAGAUCAGUCCACAAUAGAAGCCCCAUUGGAUUUAUUUUCUAAAUGCGGAGUAAAGAAUCAAUCAAAAACAGUAAUACUCAAAGACACUGUGAUCAGAAAUAACGAUUUGCCUAAAGAUUACAAUGACAGUUUUAGCAAUCUGGCAAGUGUAAUAGAACCUGUAUCUCUUAGCAACGAUAAAGAGAUAUCGCCUAAAGCGGAGUUAACACCAAAGGCUGUCACAGUAGAUAUGUCUAAUUCUGUUCAACAAGAUUUAAUGAGCUUGCAACAAAUCGAAGAUAAAUACAGCGCAUUGCGUGCAUUAGUUCAGGAAACGUCUGUCGUGAAUGAUGUAAAUUUAGAUUUAACUGUUAAUAAUCAAUCGGGCGACGAGUUCGGAGAAUUUAUGUCUGCGGAACAAUCAUCUGCUAAUCAUCCUACGAUCAUAUCAGAUGCUUCGGAUACUGAAAGCUUUAGUAAUAUAUUUGCAGAUUUUGAGUUUAGUAAAGUGCACUCUAAUGUUGACAACAAUAAUUUGGCAGAUCUGAACUUUAUAUCCGAAGUAUCUGAGUCGUUUAAUAAUUUAAAACUCGAUGAUGGAAUUGAAGCACAAUUGGUAGAGUCAGGAAAGAAUAUUCAGAAAGAGGAUGCUAUUUCGAUAAAUAGUGUAGAGUUGAUUAGUGGUCCAUCAGAAGCACUGCCACGAUCAGGAUCUGUGCCUAGCUUAGAUCUUAAAUCAUUUUUACCUUCAAACGUAGAGGAAGAUCAAGUUGUAGAAACUUCACAGCAGACUAUGUAUUGGGAAUGGAAACAAUAUAUGGAAAGUUGUGUUUUAUUGUUACAAGUUGCAGCCAAUAUAUUUACCAAUAUAACAUCAGAAUUAGUUUUGCAGGAAGUUUUAAAUUCAGCUCAAGGAUACAGCUUUCUCUGCCAAUUAGCUGAAGUUGCAGCUGUUUGUAGACGUGUUAAUUUUUCAUACAAAGAGUUAGACAUAAACAUUAUUGGAUUUGAUGAUCUUUUAAUGGAUAUUGAUCGGAUUUGGGCUGAAAUGGAACCUUUUUAUGCUAAUAUACCAAUUGUCACUGAACUACCAGCUUGGCCGUUACAUCAGGGAGAAUGUGUGUCUUGUUCUCUAUGUUUAACAGUUAUUACGAGUGGUCGAGUUGUUUAUAAUGAUAAUAAUUAUCACGUAACAUGCGCAAAUUUGUGGCUUAAUUGCGUAAACAAUCAAUUGCCGGUAAUGCGAUACUCUUUACUUUAUCAACCUUUAAAACUCGAUGAUGGAAUUGAAGCACAAUUGGUAGAGUCAGGAAAGAAUAUUCAGAAAGAGGAUGCUAUUUCGAUAAAUAGUGUAGAGUUGAUUAGUGGUCCAUCAGAAGCACUGCCACGAUCAGGAUCUGUGCCUAGCUUAGAUCUUAAAUCAUUUUUACCUUCAAACGUAGAGGAAGAUCAAGUUGUAGAAACUUCACAGCAGACUAUGUAUUGGGAAUGGAAACAAUAUAUGGAAAGUUGUGUUUUAUUGUUACAAGUUGCAGCCAAUAUAUUUACCAAUAUAACAUCAGAAUUAGUUUUGCAGGAAGUUUUAAAUUCAGCUCAAGGAUACAGCUUUCUCUGCCAAUUAGCUGAAGUUGCAGCUGUUUGUAGACGUGUUAAUUUUUCAUACAAAGAGUUAGACAUAAACAUUAUUGGAUUUGAUGAUCUUUUAAUGGAUAUUGAUCGGAUUUGGGCUGAAAUGGAACCUUUUUAUGCUAAUAUACCAAUUGUCACUGAACUACCAGCUUGGCCGUUACAUCAGGGAGAAUGUGUGUCUUGUUCUCUAUGUUUAACAGUUAUUACGAGUGGUCGAGUUGUUUAUAAUGAUAAUAAUUAUCACGUAACAUGCGCAAAUUUGUGGCUUAAUUGCGUAAACAAUCAAUUGCCGGUAAUGCGAUACUCUUUACUUUAUCAACCAAAUAUAUGUCCAGGAAGCCACAUUUAAAUGCCAAUCUGCAUACAGUUUCAACGUUUUCUAAUUUAAGAAUACACAUUUUACAUACAUAUCUCUUAUUAAUAGAAUUCGUAAAUUCGAUUGAAGUAUUAAUAUUAAAAAUAAUCUCUAAAAGUAGUUCUGAUAAAAUUUUCAUUAAUCUAGUGAAAUCAUCUAUAUGUACAUAA